AUGGUGCUCAUACGCCUGCCGUCCCCGCCCUUCGUCCACGUCCCGGGCCUCGUCAAUCUGCGCGACGCAGGCGGGUACGCCAUCCAAGGCAAGCCGGGAAAGGCCGUGAGACGAGGGGUCAUCUUCCGCUCCGCCGACUUGACGCAACUCGAGGAUGAAGGCAUCGCCGCCCUCCGUAAACUGGGUAUCACCCACGUCUUCGACCUUCGGUCCGUAACCGAGCUUGCAAAGGCCGGCAACCAACCGCCAGAGACGUGGGAGGGCGUGGCCCGCGUGUUUGUGCCAGUUUUCCUGGACAAGGACUACAGCCCUGAAGCCCUGGCGCUGCGCUUUCGGAAUUACAGCGAGGGGACCGAGGGCUUCGUGAACGCAUAUGCCGCCAUCCUCGCCUCCGCCGCCGAGCCCGACCACCCUUACUCGCCCUUCCGCACCGUGCUCGAGCAUGUCGCCUCCUCAGCGACACCUCCCGCUCCCUUCCUGGUGCACUGCACCGCCGGCAAGGACACCCUCCUCCUGGCCCUCUGCGGCGUCGACGACGCCACCAUCGCGCACGAGUACAGCCUGACUGAGCUCGGGCUGGCCCCGCGCCGCGAGGAGAUUGUGCGGCACCUGAUUCAGGGGCCGGCCCUGUUCGGGGAUCGCGAGCGAGCCGAACGGAUGGUCGGGGCGCGAAAGGAAUACAUGCUGGGCACGCUCGCCCUGAUCCGCGAGCGGUACGGGUCCGUCGAGAAGUACGUCGUCGACCACCUCGGCGUGUCUCAGACGAGCGUCGAGCGGAUCCGGCAGAACCUGGUCGUCGACCUCGCCGACGGGGAGGAGCCGCUCGAUUGCACGAGGAUCGAUGCCGGGCUGAAGGAGCGAGAACCCCGUCUUUAG